CUCUACCACCUGAUUCUUUAUUUCUUCUAGAUAGCUACUCGGAAAGCAUGUGGCUUGGCUCUGGCUAAGCUGGGCGAUGCAAACGACAGAGUCAUUGUGCUGGAUGGCGACACCAAGUACUCUACCUUUUCUGAGAUAUUCAACAAAGAGUACCCUGAGCGUUUCAUCGAGUGCUUUAUGGCUGAACAAAACAUGGUGAGUGUGGCGCUGGGCUGUGCCUCCCGUGGGUGGACCAUUGCAUUUGCUAGCACCUUUGCUGCCUUUGUGACCCGAGCAUUUGAUCAGAUCCGGAUGGGAGCCAUCUCUGAAAGCAACAUCAACAUUAUUGGCUCCCGCUGUGGGGUAUCUGUGGGUGAAGAUGGCGCUUCCCAGAUGGCCCUGGAUGAUAUAGCCAUGUUCCGAACCAUUCCCAUGUGCACCAUUUUCUAUCCAAGUGAUGCCGUCUCUACGGAGCAUGCUGUUUCUCUGGCAGCCAAUGCCAAGGGAAUGUGCUUCAUUCGGACCACCCGACCAGAAACUAUCGUUAUUUACACCCCACAGGAACACUUUGAGAUCGGACAGGCCAAGGUCCUCUGCCACUGUGUCAGUGACAAGGUCACAGUUAUUGGAGCUGGAAUUACUGUGUACGAAGCCUUAGCAGCUGCUGAUGAGCUUGCAAAACAAGAUAUUUUUAUCCGUGUCAUUGACCUGUUUACCAUUAAACCUCUGGAUGUCACUACCAUCAUCUCCAGUGCGAAAGCCACAGAGGGCCGGGUCAUUACAGUGGAGGAUCACUACCCACAAGGUGGCAUAGGGGAAGCUGUCUACGCAGCCGUCUCCAUGGAUCCUGACAUUAAAGUUCAUUCACUGGCAGUGUCGGGAGUGCCUCAGAGUGGGAAACCCAAGGAAUUGCUGGAUAUGUAUGGAAUUAGUGCCAGACACAUCGUAGUGGCUGUGAAAUGCAUGUUGCUGAACUAGAAUAGCUGUUGGCUUUAGACUUAAAAGGCCUGUUUACCCCACGUUUGUUUGUUCCAAAACCAUCAUUUACAUCUAUAUUGUAAUGCUUUGUUUCUUAAAAGCAAAGCUGGCUAACACCUUCCUUCAUCCCUAGUUUGGAAAUUCAAGCUAACUACUUAUCUUUUAAACUGUGACUGCCUAUGCAAAUACCACAAUAAUUUUUGAAUCAUUAAAGGGAGUCAUACAACGUUAAGUGAAAAAAAUAGGUAGUAAAACAACCACCUGACAGUAAGUCUUCUGAUAGCGCUAUAGAUGCAUGGUAGAGGUCAUAACCUUAAUGUACUUCCUUCAUGUGCAACUAGUAGAAGUAAUCUUUUUUUAAUGUGUAAGACUGUAGAUAAGUGGUAGAGGUAAUAAAUUCUUCAGUGUAUUUCCUUGAUGAGUAACUUACAUAUAAGACUCUAGAUAAAUGGUAGAGGUAAUUGUUUUCUCAAUGUAUUUCCUUCAUGAGUAAAGAAAAUGUGAACUGAAGUAUAGAUUGCAGUAGCCUAGGUUCCACAACACAAUAACACCAUGACACCUGCUGUUCCCACCUUGGGAUUCUGUGUGCUGCCAUCCAACCUGCAGCCUCCUGGGUAACGGUGUGACUGCAGCUGCCCUGGAAUUCACUUCACUGUUUGCCUUCAUCUCCCCUCUGCUGUUGAGAGCCUGUCAGGCAGCAGCG